AUGUACGUCUAUCUGGGCAAGCUCAACUGGAAGGGUGCAGCGGUGGCCGAGGACGAGACAUUCAUCGUUAUACUGCCAAAUGGAGCUGUUCGCACCGGUGACACUGCCUAUGUCUUCUUCCAGUGGACGCGGGAUGAAUACGGAGUGCCGAAGGCCAACUGGUUUCAGACAAUCUCUAUUGACAAGGUUUCCAAGACCGACAAGGGAGACGAUGUCUUCACUCUGAAGCACCCGAAGUUCUCGUGGAAGAUCACCAGCCAGCGAGCCUACGAGAACAUCAAGAUUGCCAUGUCAGAUUGCGCAAGCCAUGAGACCUCAUCGACUCUCAAGCGUGUUUGGGGUACCCACUCCCACGGCGGCAAGGCCAAUGACACUGUCCGAGUCUGGACCGGAAAGAUCAACUGGUCCACUUUCGCCAAAAACGAGAUGGCUACCUUCAUCGCUCCUGAGGGCUUCGGCCAAGGCAGGCCCAUCAUAUCUCUUUGGCAAUGGACGAAGAGCUAUACUGGCAAAGCCAACGAUCCGUCUCUCCGUUGUGAAUACCAGAAGAUUCAGACUGAGAACGAUGAUGUUGUCAGGUUUACUUACACUUCCUACUAUGACUUGGACUGCACCUUCAACCGACAAACCGGCAAGCUUUCCGUCCGCAUGAAGUCACCUCAGGAUAGUUCCGCCAAGGACCUUGGCGACUUCACCCUCGCUGCUUUGAUCGAUCGCCACUCUCACGACUUUAAUCCGCCUGAGUCAACCCCGAACAAGGCGGAAACCGAAUUCAGGCUUCCUCAGCCUCAGCCCUCGCUUCCUCGCAUUCUUGCACCGAUGCCCUUCCCUCGAACAUUGGUCGACACUCUGACUCAUGCAGCUGCAUUCAUCGACCAGGCUGGAUACCAAGCAAAAUAUGCUGAGCAGCAAUUCAAAACGCUAGACUCUAAGCUGCACGACAGUGAAUACCAGCUUGAUGCUGCCAGGAGGCAGAUUGGUGACCACGAAGCUAAAGUCAGGGCCUUGAAAGCUGAGAUUGCUGAGGGUCAAGGCAAAGUCGCUGCUCUGGACAAGAGCCUAGUGGACGCAAAGAAGCAAGCAGAUGCCAAAGAGAACGAGCUGAGUCAACUGAUAGAGAAGAUUUCGGCACACGACAUUAAAGAUCACGAGAUCAUCAAGGAGCUCCGCGGAGAGCUGGACAAGCUCAAGGCUCAAAUCAAUCGCCUUCAGGAGGACCUUGUUACCGCUAAUGUUCAGCUCAAUGCGACAGAUGCCCAGCUUCAAGAAGAGAAAAAGCAGAAAGCCCGCCUCGAAGAGGAUUUGCGUGUGCUCGGGAAUAAAAAUUCGAUCCUAGAGAAAGACAACAAGAGACUGACGGCAGAGAUCUGUGGGCUAAAGUCGAAGAACGGAGAUUUGGACAAGCAACAGCAGACACUCCAGAAGCAACUGCAUGACGUCACGGCUAAGCUUGAGACUACCCAGUCUGAACUCACUUCGAAGUCCGACGCGCUCCUGAAGGCUUCUGAGAAAAUCCUACUCCUUGAGAAGCAGCGUAAAGACCACGAUGAGAUUGACAAGAAACACGAGGAAGAUGACAGGAAGCAGGAAAAGAAGCGCCAUGAUGACGAGAUUAAGCGCAUCAAAGCAGAUGAUGAGCAUCGCAAGGCUGAAGACAAGCGACACGAAGAGGAAGAGAAGAUCCGCAAUGAAUACGAGGACUUCAAAAAGAAGUAUGCGGAUCACCUCGAGAAGGACAAGGUGUACGACAAGGCCCGAGAAGAUGCGGCCAACAAGUUGGUCGCAGAUACCCUAGAUUUUGCGAGGAGACAGAUGGGAAGUCUGCCACAGAGGGGUUGA